GAGCUCAGCUCGCCUUGGCGUUAUACGGUUUGUAGUGAUAAUACCUCUUUAUACCCUUUCCUGAUGGCUUUUUGAUAGUAAUGGGGUCCUGACCCCAGAAGACUUAGCAUGGCAUUCGCACAGCAAGCAAGGUGUCCGGCGCAGCCCAACGGCGUGUCGCGUUCGCAACCACUCAGUAUGCAUUUUACUUCCACCGCGUCAUUUCGCUCAGCGCUGUCGGUCCCAGGUGGGGCCAUGCGCCCGAGUAAGGCCCGCUUGCUCGGCGUCUCAGCGUCGGGCAACAUCGUGGAAGGUCAUGUGACCUCAUCUCCACCGGCGCCUUCUGGCUCAGCAAAUGUUGCGAACUCGGGACCGCCUUCUCCCCUCGUCGAGGGGCAGCUGGCGACGGCUGUGACGCCCUCAGCCUUGGGCUCCCUGGACGACAUGGCCGCCUUCGUGGAGCGCACCCGACAGGAGGAGGAAAACAUCCGGCGGAGACGCGAGGAGGUGGAGCUGCAGCUGCUGCGCAUGCGGCAGCAGGAGGCGGUGCGGCAGCAGCAGGCGCUCAAGCUCAAGAUGGCCUCGGAGCGGGCCAACGCCGCCGUAGUGCUGCGCGAGCAGACCGGCGCGGCGGCACCCGCAGCAGCAGCAGCAGCAGCCGCAGCAGCACCUGCAGCAGCAGGCCCGACACAGCAGCAGGAGGGGGAGGACGGCCAUGCGGGCGCUGCAGCCGCCUCGGCAAGCGGGGGUCCAGGCAGCCUGCCGGCGGGGGGGCCGCCCCGCAAGAAGCUGAUGCUGAAGAAGAGCAAGCGCAUGAGCGCAAUCGCGGCGGCAUCGGGGCUGCACCGGGUGACGCCACCCCUUGGCUCCUCCUCUUCCUCCCCGGCCUCCCCUGCCCCCCGAGGCUCCUCCGCCGCCCCCAGCAGCAGCGGGGCGGGCGGGGGGCUCCUGCAGGCGGGAGGCAGCAGCGGGGGCGGUGGCGGGGGCGGCAAGGCGCUUCUGUGUCGCGAGGAGCUGAUCGAGAAGAGCAAGGAGGGCGCGGGUGCGGGUGCCGCUCUGGGGGGCGGCGGCAGCGACUGCGAGUGCAGUGUGGACUUUGAGGAGGUGGUGGUGCCCAAACCCAUCUUCGUCAUAUCCGACUGCACAGGUGAGAGUGCUGCGCGCACCGUGCGAGCGGCGCUGAACCAGUUCGAGCUGCGCUGCCGUACCUCGGCGCCCGCGCAGAUCAUGAUCUUCCGCUUCGUAGAGUCCAUUGAGAAGGUGAUGAGCAUCAUCCAGGAGGCAGCCAAGGAGGACGCGCUGGUGGUGUACACGCUGGUAGACCCCAAGGCCGUCAAGGCGGUGCAGACCGCCUGCACGCUGCAGCAGGUGCGCUACGUGGACCUGUGGACCACCCUGCUGGACACCAUGGAGGUGCACCUCAACGCGGCCAGGAGCGGCGUGCCCUCCUCCCUGGCUGAGACGCGCCGCAAGCCCAAGGCCAGCCUCAACGACGAGUACUUCCGCAUGAUCGAGGCGGUGGAGUACACGCGCAAGAUGGACGACGGCGCGCACCCGCAGGAGUGGGCCUCCGCGGACCUGGUGGUGCUGGGCGUGUCGCGGUGCGGCAAGACGCCGCUGUCCAUCUACCUGGGGCAGCGGGGCUACAAGGUCGCCAACCUGCCGCUCAUCCCCGGCUGCCCGGUGCCCCGGGAGCUGUUCGAGAUCGACCAGACGCGCAUCGUGGGGCUCAUCAUCGACCCGCACGUGCUGGCCACCAUCCGCCGCAACCGGGUCAACAUGAUGGGUGUGGCGCGGGCGCAGGCGAUUGACUAUGCGGAGGUGCAGAAAAUUAACGCCGAGUUGGACUGGGCUCGCAAGCUCUACAACGCGCACCCCGAGUGGCCGGUGCUGGACGUGACCCUACGCGGUAUCGAGGAGACGGCGGCGCGCAUCCUCAAGCUGCUCAACGACCGGCGCGGGGACGCCUCGCCCAAGUGGGUGGAGGCCUACCACGCCAAGAUGGCGGCCAGCUCCGCAGCGCAGGCGCCCGCGGUGGGAGGGGCGGCGGAGGCGGGCGCCGGCUCGUACGGCAUCCCUGAGAUGAUUUACGGGGCGAAUGAGAGCACGUUCCUGAUGCAGGGGCUGUACUAGGGUGGUAGGCAGGAGUGCGUUGCCGUGUGUUGGCUGGCCGUGUAGGUCAAGAGGGGAAAGAUAAUGAUAAGUGCAGCAACUGGAGUCCCAAUCCCAAGAGGGGAGGAGGGAGGAAAAGAAUCGUGAUUGUAUAAUAUUAAUAUUGUAACUUUGACCGACCUGGUAGGACAGGAAGCGAGAUGUUGCGGUGCUAGCAAGACCCUGUGGUGCCCCACCAUGGUCACACAGGGAGGAGCUGCAGAUGCGGAGGGAGGCACUUCCCGAGGGCAUGCUACAGGCGGGGUGUUCCACGGGCAGUUAGUUAACAGGCGCUGUACGGCACUACAGGCCGCAUGCGUGCGCGCUAAGUGUGCUGAUGCUAGGAGCAAUGCUAGUAAGGUAACCCUGCCGGGUUGGACCACGAUAACGCAUGUCCGUAUAGCGUGCAUUGUUAGCGAGGCCCUCGUCCGCUCGGCCAGCGAACUUUGGAACAAGAAUUGUUGUGGGUGAUCCGCGCAUUCCUCAAGUUAGUACUGGUCACAACCCUCCUGCAUAUGAGAGAAACGAAGGGCGGUAUGUAACCCGGCCUAGCUUCA